CUGCUAAGUGCAGAAAUUUUAGAUCAUCCCAAACUUCGUGCAUUUGUAUCGCACUGCGGUCUGAAUAGCCUUACGGAAAGUGUGAUUGCCGGAGUACCGGUCAUUUGUAUUCCGUUGUUCGGUGAUCAAAUGAGGAACGCUAGGACGGGACAAAAAAGAAACAUAGCGAUGAUUCUGGACAAACAGGAUCUAACGGCUGAUGAUUUGGCUAGUGCGCUUAGGACUAUCAUUUAUCAGGACAGGUAAAU